CUAAAAUAAAUAUGAUAAAAACGCGCAUUUUUCGAUUAAUUCGUGACAAACGCUUAAGCGUGCCUAUUUUGCGUGGCUUUCAUCACGAAUUUAGCAAACCCGAACCGCAAAAAAAUGGAAAAAUUGAUGUGAAAGAACAAUCGUUUGUGGCCGGUGGCGUGCAAAAUAAAUACAAAGUCUUUCGCGAUGAGGAAGCAAUGGAAAUUUUCGAUGUAGAGGAGGCGCGCUACCAGGAGCAAGAGCUGCCUCUGGAUGCCGAAGAGGAUCAAUAUAUGGGUCUUAAUUUGAAGAGAGGUAUUCGCGGCGUUUUCGAUGUUGAGGAUUUGGUUGAGCUGCUGCGCAAGGAGAAUGUAGAUGAUAUAUUUGUUUGCUAUGUGCCAGAGGAGCUGAAGUAUGUGGAUCAUCUGGUUGUUUGCAGCGCACGCAGCUAUCGCCACAUGUUGGCCACGGCAGAAUUUGUACGUCGCAUGUUUAAGAUUAAGCGUUCUAAAGGAGAUAUUCUGCCUCGCAUUGAGGGCGAGAAAAGUCGCGAUUGGAUGGCCAUGGAUUUGGGUAACAUUGCACUGCACAUUUUUUCGCCCAAAGCUCGCGAAGAUUACGAUCUGGAAUCCCUAUGGGCCAUUGGCCCUCAAUACGAUCAUGAAAGCCAGAAGCCUCAGGAUCCAUUAGGCAACAUAUUUAUGGCCCAGCUGCCCAAGCCCGAAACGUAGUUUGUUAAAUACAUAUGAAGCUGUUUUUUA